GGGUGAGCUAGGCAGAACGUACGUGUAGCGAGGCUUCGAGGUGAAGCAUAACGAGCAGACGAGUUACGUUCACUUCCAAAGUCGGGGAGCCGCUCUGGAAUAUUCACCGGAACAAAGCGCGCGGAAAUAGGAGUGAAAUUGGACGGGAAUUCUCGCAGCCGUGAAGUGGGGGAUCUUCUGUAUUUACGUAGCGGGAUCUUUUCGGCACCGGGAAUGAGCGUGCAUAUUGUAGAGAAAAAGGGUAGCGCGCUCAAGGGCUCGAAUGGGUUGAUCGCGACUAUGGAGAACGAAGACGGCGACUGGCAGAAUGGACAGAAUGUUCUGGUAGUCACGCAGGAUACCCAGGGCAAGGAGCUGAUCAGCUUAACUGAUAAUCAGACCAUCAACGUGGCCGUGGAUACCUAUUGGUUACUAGAACUCGCGCACAGAGAAUAUCAAGCAGGAGAUUAUGAAAAUGCUGAAAGACACUGCAUGCAGCUAUGGCGACAGGAGACAAACAAUACUGGUGUUCUUCUCUUGCUUUCUUCCAUACAUUUCCAGUGUAGGAGAUUAGAGAAAUCAGCACAUUAUAGCAGCUUAGCAAUAAAGCAAAAUCCAUUGUUGGCGGAGGCAUAUAGCAAUUUGGGAAAUGUAUAUAAAGAGCGCGGACAACUACCAGAAGCGCUGGAGAAUUAUCGUCAUGCUGUCAGACUAAAACCUGACUUCAUCGAUGGCUACAUCAACUUGGCUGCAGCACUUGUGGCGGCUGGUGACAUGGAACAAGCAGUUCAAGCCUAUGUUACUGCACUACAAUAUAAUCCCGAUCUUUAUUGCGUGCGGAGUGAUCUUGGUAAUCUUUUGAAAGCAUUAGCAAGACUUGACGAAGCUAAGGCCUGCUACUUGAAGGCGAUUGAGACCCGACCGGACUUUGCGGUCGCCUGGAGCAAUCUCGGCUGCGUGUUCAAUGCGCAAGGGGAAAUAUGGUUGGCGAUACACCAUUUUGAAAAAGCUGUUGCCUUGGAUCCGAACUUCCUAGAUGCCUACAUCAAUCUUGGAAAUGUAUUAAAGGAAGCCAGAAUUUUUGACAGAGCUGUAGCUGCAUAUCUCCGUGCGUUGAAUCUCAGUCCUAACAAUGCAGUCGUACAUGGAAAUUUGGCGUGCGUUUAUUAUGAGCAAGGCCUCAUCGAUUUGGCCAUCGAUACGUAUCGUCGUGCUAUCGAAUUGCAACCGAAUUUUCCCGAUGCAUAUUGCAAUUUGGCGAACGCUCUCAAAGAAAAAGGACAAGUGGUCGAAGCGGAAGAAUGUUACAAUACCGCCCUCCGACUUUGUCCUACGCAUGCGGACUCUCUUAAUAACUUGGCCAACAUAAAACGCGAACAAGGCUAUAUUGAGGAGGCAACUCGCUUGUAUCUUAAAGCACUGGAAGUAUUUCCUGAGUUUGCAGCCGCUCAUAGCAAUCUCGCAUCUGUCUUGCAACAGCAAGGUAAACUGAACGAGGCAUUGAUGCACUACAAAGAAGCAAUUCGUAUACAACCGACCUUCGCCGAUGCUUACUCGAACAUGGGAAACACGCUGAAAGAAAUGCAGGAUAUACAAGGCGCUCUACAGUGCUAUACUCGUGCUAUCCAAAUCAAUCCGGCCUUUGCUGACGCUCAUUCCAAUUUGGCAUCAAUCCACAAGGAUUCCGGCAACAUUCCUGAAGCGAUUCAGUCUUACAGAACAGCGUUGAAGUUAAAGCCAGAUUUUCCAGACGCCUAUUGCAACUUGGCACAUUGUUUACAAAUAGUAUGCGAUUGGACUGAUUAUGAAGCUAGGAUGAAGAAGUUGGUAUCUAUCGUUGCUGAGCAACUAGACAAGAACAGACUGCCUAGUGUGCACCCUCAUCAUUCCAUGCUUUAUCCCUUGUCUCAUGAAUUUCGGAAGGCUAUUGCUGCUCGACACGCUAAUCUUUGCAUAGAGAAAAUCCAUGUUCUUCACAAACAACCAUAUAAAUACCCGCGCGUGAUCGGCACGCGAUUGAAAAUUGGAUAUGUUUCGUCAGACUUUGGCAAUCAUCCGACUAGUCACUUAAUGCAAUCAAUCCCUGGUCUACACGAUCGCGAAAAAGUGGAAAUCUUUUGCUAUGCGCUAAGUUCGGAUGAUGGCACAACCUUUAGAGCGAAGAUAGCGCGAGAGACCGAGCAUUUUGUUGAUCUCUCUCAGAUUCCGUGCAAUGGCAAGGCUGCUGACCGCAUCAAUGCCGAUGGCAUUCAUAUUUUAGUGAACAUGAACGGCUAUACAAAAGGGGCCAGAAACGAGAUUUUUGCUUUGCGACCAGCACCGGUACAAGUCAUGUGGCUGGGUUAUCCUGGUACUUCCGGUGCAAGUUUCAUGGAUUAUCUCAUUACGGACGAGGUUACUUCGCCACUGGAACUCGCCAAUCAAUACAGCGAGAAACUUGCCUACAUGCCACAUACUUAUUUCAUCGGUGACCAUAAGCAAAUGUUCCCUCAUCUGAAGGAACGCUUAAUCCUGACGGACAAAUUAAAUCAUAAAGGCAAGGUGGCCGACAAUGUAGCUGUAAUUAAUGCUACGGAUCUUUCCCCGAUGAUUGAAAAUACUCUGAUAAAAGAGAUCCGCGAGGUAGUUGUGCCAGACGCCAAAAAACAACCCGUCGAGAUUUCGCUCAAAGUUGCCGAGUUACCGACCACCACCCCGAUUGAAACGAUGAUCGCUUCCGGUCAAUGUCAAAUGUCUGUAAACGGCGUUGUUGUGCAAAAUGGUAUGGCGACUACACAAGUAAACAAUAAAACUGCCACGGGUGAGGAGGUACCUCAGAAUAUUGUCAUUACAACCAGGCAGCAAUAUGGUUUGCCGGAAGACGCCGUCGUUUAUUGCAACUUCAAUCAAUUAUAUAAGAUUGAUCCACUUACUCUUCAUAUGUGGGCACAUAUUUUGAAACAUGUGCCAAACUCCGUGCUGUGGUUGCUACGGUUCCCGGCGGUCGGCGAACCUAAUCUUCAAGCAACAGCGCAACAAUUGGGUCUUGCGCCUGGUAGAAUCCUGUUCAGCAAUGUCGCCGCUAAAGAGGAACAUGUGAGACGAGGCCAAUUGGCUGAUGUAUGUCUAGAUACACCGCUCUGCAACGGACACACAACCAGUAUGGAUGUUUUAUGGACUGGAACGCCAGUAGUUACGUUACCAGGCGAAACUCUAGCCUCUCGUGUCGCAGCUAGUCAAUUGAACACUCUUGGCUGUCCUGAAUUAGUAGCACGAACACGGCAAGAAUAUCAAGAUAUUGCUAUUAGACUGGGUACCGAUAGAGAAUACUUGAAAGCAACAAGAGCUAAAGUUUGGAAAGCUCGAUCAGAAAGCCCACUUUUUAAUUGCAAGCUAUAUGCUGUAGGCAUGGAGAUGUUAUAUACGAAAAUGUGGGAACGUUACGCGCGUGGAGAAAGUCCUGACCAUGUUUUAGCUGUUGAUAAGAACGACAACCAAAAGUCAUCGAGCAUAUCUUCUUAAGAUACUUGACACUUGCUUCAUAAUUACUUAUUCAGCUUCAUCUUUGCGAUUAAGAUUCUUCUUCGAAAAUUUUAGCGUUUGAAGUCAUGAUAAAGAUGUCUAUUCUUGAUGAAGUUUCGUAUAUUUCCUAUCUCUGCUGAUUAUUAUUUUUUGUAUGAUAAAUUCAUGGAGUUUAGAUUAGACGAUAAUUAUUACUCAUUUACAUAAAA